AUGCGUAAGUUCGUCAGGUGGUUCUACACUUCAAAUGCAACAAAAAAGGCUUAUCCUGAUUGGUCAUGGCACGAAAGUGCGGCUUACGCGAGAGAGGAUGAUUGCGAAGGGAUAAUAUCCGUUUAUCGUAUGAGAUUAGACCAAUGCCAGCAUUUUUGGGUCCUUGACUCGGGCGUUUACGAUUUCACCUAUUAUCGAGCUGUUUGUCCCCCGAAAAUUUUAAUCUUCGAUACAAGGACAGACCGUCUUGUUAGACGUGUCACUUUGCCAAAGGACGUAAUCGACGCCCAUUCCCUUUUCACCAACAUAGUGCUCCUUACUAACCCAACGGACCAAAACUGCCUAGACAACACAGUCGCCUUUUUAUCCGACACCUACGCCCCAGGUAUAGUCACAUAUGACGCUCGGACGUCCAGAUUUUCCAGGUCUACACAUCCUUCGAUGUACCCAGACCCAAAUGCUGAAUUUUUUUCCAUAAUGGGAGAGUCUUUUCGCCUGUCGGACGGCGUCAUUGGAAUGGCAGUUGACAGUAAAGCGGGAGAACUUUAUUUUCAACCACUCUCAUCCUUCUUCAUAUUUAAAGUUAAAGUUGAAGAUUUGUUGAAUGGAAAUAAUGGAAAUGAUCUGCCUGUCACUAUAGUAGCUAAUAAAUAUUCGCAGUCUGCGGGGCUGGAUUUCGGCCCACUAGAGUCAGGACGGGAAGUACUUGUUUACAGUGAAGUUUCGGAAAACAACAUCGUAUUUUUGGAUCCGCUCACGUCGGAGAAAAGGGUUGUUGCUGUCUCAGCUGAAAAACUUCAAUUCGUCAGUGACAUCAAAAUUACAAACGGGGAAUUAUGGUUGGCCAGUAACAGAUUGCAGAAGUUCUACCAUUCAAGUAUAAACUCUUCGGAUACUAAUUUAAGAAUCAUGAAAUUCGUCUCUUCCCAAUUAUAA